AUGUCUACGAUGGACCAGAUCUUCUCUGGAUAUUACAAACGCGUCGAAACCCUCAAUUCCAGCAAAAGCCCCUUCGCCAACGGAGUUGUCUGGGUGGACGGUGACCUAGUUCCCCUUCACGAGGCCCGCAUCCCCAUCACCGACCAAGGCUUCAUGCACAGCGACUUAACCUACGACGUGCCGUCCGUCUGGGACGGCCGGUUCUUCCGUCUCGACGAUCAUCUUAACAGACUGGAAGCGUCGUGCGCGAAGAUCCGUCUUCGGUUCCCCAUUCCGCGAGACCAGGUAAAGAACACGCUGGUGGAGAUGGUCGCCAAGAGUGGGAUUCGCGAUGCCUUCGUCGAACUGAUCGUGACUCGUGGGUUGGUCCCCGUUCACGAGGGCAAUCCUGACAGUAUGAGAAACAAUCUAUAUCUGAUCGUACAGCCAUAUGUCUGGGCCAUGGAUCCUGAAACCCAGAAGACGGGUGGAAGCUCGAUCAUCGCGAGGACAGUCCGCCGUGUGCCGCCGGGUGCAAUCGAUCCGACCGUCAAGAAUCUGCAGUGGGGUGAUUUGGUCCGAGGAAUGUUUGAAGCGAGGGAUCGCGGCUCACAGUAUCCAUUCCUCACGGACGGGGAUACCAACCUUACCGAAGGGUCCGGGUUCAAUGUCGUGCUGGUGAAAGAUGGAGCGAUCAUUACUCCCGACAGGGGUGUCUUGGAAGGAGUUACGCGCAAGAGUGUCUUUGAUGUUGCCAAGUCGAAGGGCAUUGAGGUGCGCGUGGAAAUUGUGCCGAUCGAGACGGCGUACCAGAGUGAUGAGAUCUUUAUGAGCACUACGGCAGGUGGCAUUAUGCCGAUUACGGAGUUGGAUGGGAAGCCAGUUGGAAAUGGCAAUGUCGGGCCGAUUACGAGGGCAAUCUGGGAUGAGUACUGGGCUAUCCAUUAUGACCCAGCUUACAGUUUUGAGGUCAAGUACUGA